AGAACUGUACACUACUGCAGACUGGAAAAUAUGCAAUAGUAAAUCUUAUUUCUUGACAGAAGUAGAGAUAAAAACUAAAUAAAUCUUAAUAAAUGAAAAUGAAGAUUUUGUGUCCAACGUUGGGAAACAUAUUUUGUACGCUCGCAUACAAAAUUGCAAAUCUUCUUUAAUGAACAGACUGUAUUUAUAUUUUUUUUGAAUGAGCUUGAAGAGUUAAAAAAAUGGGCGAGAUUGAACGAGGCUGGAAUGUAUUGUUUUCCACACUUGAGUAAAGGAUUGUAUAGUCCUCCAUUGAGUGUGAAGAAAUCAAAAGGGGACCAAAAAAAGGGAGAAAAAAAGAAAAAAGAAAAGAAGUUAAAACUGUUACUUGCUCGAUUUGUUUCUUGAAAAUCCCCAACACUGUGUGGCUAAUACUUGCUUCUCAUUUCUUUACUUUUUUGCUAAAGAAUCCCAUUUUGUCCAUUCAUAGUGAUUGUGUUGGCGUGCAAAGUUUUGGAUUUUAUUCUACACUUGGUUACUUUUGUAGAUUAAGAUAUUCUAUGUGUCAUAAGCUACAAAAUCAUGUUAUUUGUCAGCUAAGCUUAUUUACAUAUAGCAAUAACAACUGCAUCAAUUUCUUGAUUAUUUUACCUUAUACAUAUUAUUAUAAUUUGACAACUUGAGGACCCUUUUCAAGACUCUGAGCUUUGGUUUUGAGUAAGAUAUGGACAGGCAGAAGCUGAUGAUGAUGAUGUUGAUGAUGGAGAGAGAAAAGAAAGGUGGCAAUGGUGGUGGUGGUGGUGGUGUUUCAAGUUCAUCUAACGGUGGAGAUGAUAAGAAUAAUAUGGUUAGAGAUAUGAUUGAUUGCAUUGAGACCGUUGGAUCUUAUCCUGGGUACAGAAGAACACAGAAAAAGGAGUGCUUAAAUUUGGUGAGAAGACUGAAGCUUUUAGUGCCACUUUUAGAAGAGAUAAAAGAGACUGACAAGUUGGUUUCUACUGAUUCUUUGAGUUGUUUGUCUAAUUUAAAGAAAGCACUUCUUGCUGCUAAGAAGUUGCUCAAGAAAUGUAGCUUUGGAAGCAAGAUUUAUCUGGCACUGGAGAGUGAGGCAGUGAUAUGUAGCUUUCAUGCUGUUUAUGACAAAUUAAGUCAGUCUCUGGAUGAUAUGCCCUAUAAUGAGUUUGGGAUCUCAAUUGAAGUCAAAGAGCAAGUUGAGCUAAUGCGUACGCAACUUAGAAGAGCGAAGAGGCGAACAGACACACAAGAUAUAGAGCUGGCUAUGGAUAUAAUGGUCGUCUUCUCUACAAGGGAUGACAGAGAUGUGGAUAGUGCAAUACUUGAAAGACUGGCCAACAAGUUAGAACUAUAUACUAUUGCAGACUUGAAAGCUGAAACAGUAGCUGUUAGAAAACUAAUUAAACAAAGAGAUGUGCAGAAUGCUGAAAGCAUCCAGCAAAUAACAGAUCUUCUUGGCAAAUUCAAACAGAUUGCAGGAGUCCAUGAAAACAUUGAGCUUGACGGUCCUGUCUCUUCAAAAACUCUUCACAAGUGUCAAUCCUUAAUUAUCCCUCACGAAUUCCUCUGCCCAAUUACUUUGGAGAUCAUGGUGGAUCCUGUUAUUGUGGCAACAGGACAGACUUAUGAAAGAGAGAGCAUAAAAAGGUGGCUGAAUUCUAAUCAUCGGACCUGUCCAAAAACCGGUCAAAUGUUGGAUCACUUGUCUUUAGCACCGAAUUUUGCUCUCAGAAACCUUAUACUACAAUGGUGCGAGAAAAAUAAUUUUGAACUACCGAAGAGGGAUGCUUUUGUGGGUUAUGAUGGUUCUCCUGCUGAACUUGUAGAGGAAAUCUGUUCCUUGGUUCAAAAUCUAUCCUCAUCGGAGCUUGAUGUACUGAGAGGGGCCAUUGUGAAGAUCCGUAUGCUCUCCAAAGAAAAUCCAGACAACAGAGUUUUGAUUGCAAACAGUGGAGCAAUACCUCCAUUGGUUCGGCUAUUAUCCUAUCACGAUUCGGUGGUCCAAGAACAAACUGUAACUGCUCUUUUGAACUUGUCUAUUGAUGAAGCAAACAAAAGACUAAUAGCCAGAUUAGGAGCCAUUCCUCCUAUAAUAGAAAUCUUGCAAAAUGGAACAGAAGAGGCUAGAGAAAACUCUGCUGCAGCUUUGUUUAGCUUAUCGAUGCUUGAUGAGAACAAAGCACUGGUGGGGAUUCUGAAUGGAAUACCUCCCUUGGUGAACCUUUUGCAGAAUGGGACAAUCAGAGGCAAAAAGGAUGCUGCAACUGCACUCUUCAACUUAUCUUUGAACCAAACCAACAAGUUCAGGGCCAUUAAGGCAGGUAUUAUACCAGCAUUGCUUCAGUUGCUCGAGAAUAAAGACGUAUCCAUGAUUGAUGAAGCACUCUCAAUCUUGUUACUCCUCACAUCGAAUCCUGAAGGGAGGGGUGAAAUUGGAAGGCUAUCUUUCAUAAGGACUCUUGUUGAAAUCAUAAGAAGUGGGACUCCUAAGAACAAGGAAUGCGCAGCAUCGGUUCUUCUUGAGUUGGGGCUAAAUAAUUCAUCUUUCAUUUUGGCUGCUCUCCAGUAUGGUGUCUAUGAACAUCUGGUAGAGAUCACAAGAUCUGGAACCAACAGAGCUCAAAGGAAAGCAAAUUCUCUUUUGCAGCACAUGAGUAAGUGUGAACACAUUCCAUAAACUAUUACAAUACGUUUAUUACUACUCUUUAGAGUGUUUUGUAUCUAAAACAUUUUGGGAUGCUAUAUUUUUUGAAAGUCCACAAGUAUACCAAGCUUUUCCUCGCUUGUACAAAA